CCAACCAAAACAUACACACAUGCAUACCCAUACACACAUGGGGGGAGAGGUACAAGUAUGUCCAGUUCAUCUUAAACACUAGUCCAGGAGACUAAAACCCAUUAAUGCCGAGUAGUAUUAAUACAAUAACAAAACAGAAACAGGCAAAAACAAAAUCUGUGCAUAAGUACAUCUAUUAAUACAAAUAGAUCAUCUACUGUGCAUUUCCAAGUGGAGCUGCGGCUGCUGCCACUGAGCUCCAUUGUGAGUGACCCGGACCAUCCCGUGGCUUUAAAUCUGGCGCUUUUUCCUCCUUGUUCGGUGUCGCCAGUCACCACGCCAUUGGCCCGCGCCGCCGUCCAAUCGGAGCCACGCAUGUCUCUUGGGCGGGCGGCACGAGCUCAUUAGCAUGCAGGUAUCCGACCAAUGGGCGGGCGUGUUUACCCUGCCCCCCCGGAGAAGCGAGGUACGCAGUUGCACCGGGAGAGAAACCGCUGCUCGGAGAUCCGAGCCGCGAUCCAGCCAGGCCGGAAGCCCCGGUCCCACUGCUUCCACAGACCGAACCAGCAGGCUCCUGCACCGCCGCAGAUGGACGUGCUGUAGGACCUCACUCUGUAGCCACAUGGUCGCUCUCAGAUUUUUUUUUACAUUUUUAUUUUUAAAUGGGCGUCGCACUCGGCCUCGCACGGCCCCUCUCUGUGUUUUGUGAUUUUAUAAUUUAUUGUUAUGCAAGGAUUUAACAUACCAAAAAGAUGAUCGGGGGCUGCGUUUUCGGCUGGGUCCGCCUGCAGUCGACCGAGUGCAACACAUAGAUCCGAGUGGAAAGGAUUAUUUUAUGGGUCGCGUUUGACUUUUCUCCCCCUCCCCCCCCCUUCCCCCCUCACCUGCCCCUGUCCGGAACUUUGGGAUUACUCGACGUUCCCUUUUUUUUUUUGGAAUGGAAGGACGCGACUUCGCUGCCCCGGCGCACCUCCUGUCGGAGCGGGGCGCCCUGGUGCACCGGGCCGCCUCGCGGAUCGCUCCCUCGGGCCACGGCUCCGUGCAGCACGCCGGCCACUUCCCGCCGGGGAAGUACUACCCCCCGCACAUACCGAUGGCCCCGCACUCAGGCAGUGGAUUGAUGGGCAAUUCCUCCGCCUCCUUCAUGGGGACCUUUCUGGCCAGUAGUCUGGGUUCCCCCCCAUCCCACCCGUCUCACCCCUCCCGGCCGCCGUCCUCGCCCUCCUCACCUUCCUUCCGGGGCGGACCCCACUCCGGCGCCUCGCAAAUCUGGUUUCCCCACUCGCAUGAAGCAGCUCCAGGGUAUCCUCGAUUCUCAGGGAGUCUGGCCCACACUUUCCUUCCCAUGAGCCACCUGGAUCACCAUGCCAACAGCGGAGUUCUCUAUGGGCAGCACCGUUUCUAUGACACCCAAAAAGAGAACUUCUAUCUUCGCAGUCUACCAUCCCAGCCUCCUCUCAUCUCAGCCAACCACAGUCUGCCACCAAUGUCCAGGGCAGGUUCAGGCCAUUCUCAGGGGUCGUGCAGCAGAGACAGAGAUGCAGGGGUGGGUACAGGUCUACAUAAGGGUCUUAAAGAGGGGUCUGUCGAGAGAGGAGUGGUACCUGUCAAGGACAAGGAGAGGUCUACUAGCAAACAUGAGGCAAAGGAGAGACAGCAGCAGCAGCAACAACAGCACCACAGUCACCAACCACCCCAGCCCACACACCACCACCAUUCCCACUCCCACCAGCAGCACCCACACUAUCCACAGCACCCACUGCCCCUGGAGGAGGUCAACAGUCGGGCCCUGGAGAGGCACAAGGCUUCGCUCACGAUGGAGUACAGCAAGGAUCACCCUCAGAGUAUGGGCAAGCCCCUCAGUGCCUGCUUGCACAAUGGGAAGAUGCAAAAUGGUGAUACAGGAACUGGAGCAGGGGCUAAGGCCUCCAUCUCCAGCUAUGGAGGGGAGGUCACAGUCCUUGGGGUAAUGGGAGGUGGAGGGAGCAGCCAAGGCAGACACAUGGGGUCCAGCAGCAGUAGUCGCUGCACCAAAGAGGGGAUAAGUGGGGAGAUGAGGAUUAGUGAACAAUCUUCGGACUGUCUGGAAAGGGGUCAGGCACCACUCCACCACUCUCUGUCCUAUUCUGUACCCCCAACCUUACACAUGGGUUCUUCUGCUGGAGGGGCACACCCCCAUCCGCAUCCUCACGCUCACCCCCAUACACAUCCUCACCCAGGGGGCUUCCACUGCCUCCAGCUCCACCCCAGCCACCCACACCACCCACAUCAUUCCCAUCAUACACAUCACCAUCCGGACUUCUUCUGCCCGCCCCCCUCUGCUCCUCUAGGCAACCCUGGUGCCCAUGAGAGGGGGGCAGGCAAUGUGGGGCGAGAACCUAAAGUCACAGGACCUACAUUUGUGCCAUCUGUGGCAGAUCUGGGGGACAAACCUAAUGGGCCAUUCCAGAUUGGUAACCCUGACUGCCAGGGUGUGGGCAGUGGGGGGGGAGGCAGCAAUGCCAAGGAGAAGGUAAUAGAAAAGAAUGGAGGCAGUGGGCACCAUAGUAGUUGGCACAGAAAACAGCAACAACAGCAGCAGCAGCAGCAGCAACAACAACAACAACAACAACAGCAACAACAGCAACAACAGCAACAACAACACCAACAACAGCAGCAGCAUGCUUACAGAAAGACAGAGAAAGCUCUGGAGUGGAUGCAGUCCCACCACCCACAUCUUCAGCCCGUGCAGCUUCCUCAACCUCCCCAACAACAACAGCCCCCACAUCCCCAACAGCAGCACCAGGUUGUACGAUCACGCAGUGCUGAGUGCAUCAACAGUGGUGUGGACAUGGACGUCUUCAGAUCCUCACUGUCUCAGGGGCCUAAGGCUGGACACUCGGUCUCUCAUUCUGUAAACACUUCUCCAUACAGAGACUGUUCCCAUUCAGGACCACCACCUAACUCCUCCCCACUUGGAAGUAAAAGCAUGGGUCAACAUAGUGGGCCUGGAGCAGCCCAUGGUCCCAGUCCAGGAGGUAGCUGCUCCUUACAGAGGGAUGGCCAAAAGGUAGCCAGGAUACGCCAUCAGCAACAUGGCCGUCCUGGCCCAGAUGCUUCUUCUCCUGCUGAGUUGAACCAAGGGACUAGUCAGGAGUUAAAAAGAAAGAUGGACAUGUCUCCUUAUGGUUACAACAACAGCAGUGGUCAGCACCAUCACCAACAGCCCCCAUUGCCACCCUGGACCAUGAGGCCUACCCACCACAUGUCACAACCCGAAGAGGAGCAGAGGAAGUCCUACAUGGAGUUAGGGAGCACUGGUGGGCAACACUCGCAGCAGCAGCAGCAGCAGCAGCAGCAGCAGCAGCAACAGCAGCAGCAACAGCAGCAGCAACAGCAGCAGCAGCAGCCGGGAAUGAGCCUUCCUCCUCCCCAGCCUCUCCCCGCACCUCCCCUCAGUCAGCAACAGCAGCAGCCACAGCCACAGCAGCAACCUGAGCCCCAGGGUCCAACCCAGGGGGAGAACAGUGCCAUGAAAAGCUUACUUAAGUACAGCAACCAGCAACAACCACUGCUCCUCUCCCAGAAAAGCCCCUUUGGGGGACUGGGAAACCUCAAAUCAGGUCCUGCUGGUGGGAGCUGUGCCCUGCAGGGCAACAAACAGACUUUACCUUCCAGGAAGGGUCCGGCCAACGACAAUGAGCGCCCUGACUACAGCGGGCGGAGCCGAGAUAUCGGGGAGGCAGGUCAUGGGGAAAGUGAGGUGCGGCAACCGCCAGUGGGGAUUGCAGUGGCGGUUGCCAGACAAAGGGAGCCACCUUGUCGUUCAGCAGACAGUCAUCCCAACAGCCGGCAGGGAAGGGUACAUCCCUCUGUGAAAGGACCGUCCCGCUCCAUGUAUCCUUCAGAUCCAACCACUGAGGAGGAGAGGAAAAGGAUGAGUGGGGAACAGAUAGGUCUGACUUGCUUGGACAGAGAGAGGGAUCAAUACAUUAGGGACAACAAGGAAAGGGUGGAGUUUGCAAGGAUCCACCCCUCCAACAGCUGUCAUGGUGACCUCACCUCUCAUCUCAUGGUCCCAGGCGGGACUUCCCUCCAGUCUGGCCAAUUAGGAGAUCCUGCCGCACAUUCUGCUCACCAUCACUGGAUGCCAAGAACUGGGAGUCCAUCCCUCUGGAUGACAGGACACUCUUAUGCAGGUAUAGGUCACACGGCCCUGCACCAGAAUCUGCCCCCAGGUUUCUCUGCAGCUAUGCCAGGCCCUCUGCAGCCAGUCCUGCCUCUGCCUCAGGAUCCCUCCGCCCAGCUGGUGGUCCUGCCCACUGAGCCUCCUUCCCAUCCUGCAACCCAUCACCUGGAUGUGAUGGAGCAGCCGGGGCUGUGGCCCCCUGUGUACGGCGCCCGGGGCCCACCCUCCCACAUGCAACAUCCUGCUGUGUACUCCCGAUCCCAGUUUCUACGGCAACAGGAGCUGUACGCACUCCAGCAGCAUCAACAACUCCAACAUCAGCAUCAACAUCAGCAUCAGCAUCAACAUCAGCAUCAGAGCCACCCGUCGCAGCAACCGCAAGCCCAGUCUCAACCUCAGCAGCAACAGCAGGCACAGCAGCAACAGCACAGAGCCACACAUGGCAUGGGCAUGCAACAUCAAGCCACUCACAAUGCACAGAUGCAGAAGCGACCAAAUGAGCCCUCAGUUGAGCUCGAGGAGCUCAUUUCGGAACCCAGAACGUCCAAACCUGCCAAGCCCUACUCUUACAACCCGCCUCAGAGGAACACCCCUCCCCCUGGAGCCUGCGCUGCUCACCUGUCCCCCUGUUGCCAGUCCCCCUCGCUGCGACCGCAUCCCAAAAGCACUCCUUCAACACCCUGCCCUGCUCUCAGCCCUGCUGCAGCAGCCCCUCACUCACCUGCCAUCAGUCCUGCACCACCACAGAUGCCCAAGAGGGGCGACUCUCAGGACCAGAGAGUAGAGGCACAGCCCCCACAUGUUUACCCUCCAGAGUCUCUGGAGCCUGACUUGCCUCCAGGAUACACCUACCCUGCUACUGCAAUUGGCUACAGGAGCGGGCCUUCCCCUCAGGAUGUUCGACUGGCUGAGCCAGCCGACCUGCAAGCAGUCCAGGCAGAGCCUGCUGCGCUAGCUCCCGAGUCUCUCUCCAGGCUGGGGGAGGAGCUAGACUGCCAAGCGGUGGUCAGGCCCCUUUCAGAGUCACUCCCACCUGAGGAAGCAGAGCAGGAAGCAGAGGAAAGAUUGGUUGAAAGAGUUCUUGAACAGAGAGAGGAGGCGCAGGUAACAGCCAACUAUGUGCCUGGGAAGGAGGAGGUGGAGGAGCAGAGGCCCGCUGAGGAAGAGGUGCUGGUUUGCCCCCCUGCUGAGAGCCCAGUGUGCGAGGCUGCUUCCUGUCCAGUCCCCCUUUCAACAGAGGAGUCUGAAAGGCCAGAAGCUGUCAUCACCUUGGAAGAGGAAGAGGAUGAUGAGGCGAUGGGUGAGGGGAGCCAGGUGGAGCACGCUCAAAAGGUCAACGUGCCUGGAGAGCAGGAGCCAGAGCUGCCCACCAUCAUCGAGCUUGACCCAGCUUCCCCUGCAGUCCCUGAGCCGCAGUCUGUGGCCCCUGACGACGCAAAGGACAGUGAGCCGCAGCAGCACGAGAAUGCGGCGACCACUGAUGAUUCCGCGGUGGAAUUAUUGUGUGUUUCCCUUGCCUCAGCUUCCUCUCCUAGUCGAAACCAGGCAGAUGUCGCUGUGCCCCACAAACCCCUUGUGCCCUGCUACUGGAGUCUAGAGCUGCUGAUUGCUGCUGCCUUCUGCACAGACGUUCCUCCGUUUCCCUUGUUCCCCUUUAGCUCCCCAUCAGUUGCUCCAUCGCAGCCCAACCCCCACCAGGGUAUGGAGCUCCUGAGCGAGCUGGCAGAUCUGGAGCUGCAACAGCGAAAGCGCACCUGUGGGAAAAGCCAGGAAGAAGAUGUGCUGAUGUUUGACCUCCAGAGCCUUGCUACCCUGGCCACAGCCCGUGCACUGGAGAUGGGCUCCCAGGAAGGCAGCGGUGCGGGUUCAGGGCGGCACUUCCCAGCCCGCAAGAUCCUCAACUUACGUAGGAAAUGCAGCUGGACACCCCGCAAUGAACCAGUGUGCCCAGCCAAAGGUAGCAUGGAAACUAUGGAUGGUCCUGAGCUUGCAAUGCGAGUGAAGCUGGCUGAGCUGCAGCGUCGCUACAAAGAGAAGCAUAAGGAGCUGGCCAAACUUCAGAGGAAGCACGAUCAUCACAGGAAGGAGGAAACACCUCGCAGCCCAGCACGACGAGGACCAGGGCGGCCAAGGAAGCGGAAACCCACCCUCACUACAGGUCCAGUUUCCUCAUCAGAAGGCCAAAGAAAAGUCAAGUCCAUGGGGGCGGGGCUUGCCCUGUCGCCAGAGGACCUAGGAGCGGGCGGAGACAGCCAGAGACGGAAGAAGAGGCUGUCCAGUCGUGGCUUUGAGCGACUUAGCAGCACACAGCAGAUAAAAGCGCAGGGCUGCAGAAAAAGCAGUCUUCACAGUGUGCUCAGUUCCAAGCUGGCUAGUGAUGUGGCUCAGCUCAAACAGAAAGCCCAGGGUAAAAAGAAUCUCUCAGGGAUUGGCUCCAGGGACCAGGAGGUUUCUCCCUGCAACUCCAACCCCAAGCAUGGACACAGGGGCCAGGGCACAAGCAAAGUGGAAUCCCAGCGAGAGUCUGGUGCACAAAGUGACACAGCAGCCAGUGUAGACAGUGGCCCUCAGGAGAGCUGGACUGGGCUGGUGCUACGUGGACGUAAAAAGGGUUCCACCACCCUGACACAGGGUUCCUCCUGCCUGAGCAAGCCCAGAUCGAGGGUUCUCCGUGGCCAGAGACAGGAGGCCAUGGCAGAGGGAGAGAGCUCCCCUGCAGAGAGCGAUUCCUCUGAUCCAGAUGAUGAAGAAGAUGAAGGCAGUUAUGACACUGAUGAAGGUCAACACUACAGAGCCCAACCCCCCAGAGACGUCACUUCUAGCUCCUCCAUGACAGGUCCGAGUCCCUCAUCUGUUGUAAAACUGGAGGCCAAUCAGAAAGCCAGGAACAAAAAACGGAGACAGGAGCUUUAUGCCUCCCAGAGUCUGUCUGGAGCAGAGGGGGUGGUGAAAGUAAGGGAGAAGCCCCCCUGUAGGAUGGGCCAGUCCACUGCAGUCAAAAACCACCGUGAAGAUCACCGGCCUGAUGGGGUUAGAAGACCAUGUGCACCCCGGUCUAAGGAGCCUCGCUGGGGCAGCCUUGGUACCAGAGGCAAACGCUACCGGAGGAGCAUGGGACUGGCCACCUUCCCGACCACCAGUGAGAGGCUAAAGAGGGCAACCCGCAAGAGCACCAUGUUGAGAGGCGCAAUCAAUAAGCCAAAGGGAAGAGCAGUGAGUCGGCUUCUGGCAAGCUUUGCGGCAGAUGAGGGCUUUCAGAUGGAUGGAAGCAGCUUCUCAGAAGAAGAGGAAGACAGCAGCUGUUCAUACAACAAAAGCCCUGAAAUUCCUAACUGUGUCCUGACCAAAGAACGCUUAACCGAUGGACUGAAGGUGCUGAUUUCCAAGGAGGAUGAGCUUCUCUACGCUGCCAGGGUCCAUACUCUGGAGCUCCCAGACAUCUUUAGCAUUGUUAUCGAUGGUGAAAGAGGAAACCGCCCAAGAAUCUAUUCACUGGAGCAACUGCUUCGGGAAGCUGUCCUGGAUAUACGUCCAGAGUCAGAGGCUAUGCUCAGUGAGGGAACCAGGGUGUGUGCUUACUGGAGCGAACGCUCUCGCUGCUUAUAUCCAGGCAAUGUUCGCAGAGGUGGUUCAUCUGAUGAGGGGAAGCAAGGAGGAGUGAUGGUAGAGUUUGAUGAUGGAGACCGAGGGAAGAUUUCUCUCCCAAACAUCCGCCUCCUGCCUCCAGGUUACCAGAUUCACUGCGGGGAGUCAUCUCCGGUUCCGUUUGUACCCACUGGGACAACAACCAAGAGAAGCUCCAGUCUGGAGCAGGCCCCCAUCAGUGACAGACAUACCGACAGACUCAACACUAUCAAUACUGUUACCAAUAGUCAAACGCUAAACAUUCACAAAAGAAGACCAGGGAGACCAAAGGGCUCUGGGAAAAAACAAAAGCAACAGCAGCAGCAGGCUGAGAGUGCCAAUAAAAAUCCUUCACCUUUCCUGGGUUGGCCCUCAUUGGCCAACAACAGGAAGAGGACGUCCGAUAAUCUGUUCCAACUCAAUGGGGCACCCAGGAAGGUCUUGAGAGGGAAGGAGGAUGACCUGUUUCCCUUGCCUCAAACUCAGCCACUGGCUUCCAUCCCAGCCAAGGGCCUUUUUAGCAGCAGCUCCUUUGAGGUGGACUCAUUUAGUAGCAUUGCAAAUGGCUUCUCCUCCUUCUGUACUCAGUCUACAGGGGGAGGUCCAGAUUUAUCUCUGGGCCCCAGAAGUGGGCUGUACGGCCAGAAGCGCAGGCAAGAUGAGCUGGUUAUGCCAAGAGUCAGGAAGUCUGGACAAGAGUUCCUUGUCAAGUUAGAUCAUGAAGGAGUGACCUCCCCCAAGACAAAAAACAGCAAGGCUCUACUGUUGCGAGGUGGAUCUUCCAGUGUGAGCAGUAUGACCACUACAGAGGCAUACUCACACCCAGUCCUUCUGGUCAAAGACAACAAAAAGGGUGGUGCUUCGAGGGUCGAACUUCUCCUGAAAGGAACCACACACCAAAGAAAGCCCUCCCCUUCUCUGCGUCUGGGCGAGUAUAGCGACUUGGGCUUCAGCUCCCACAGAGAGUGUCACAGCUCCUACUCUGAUCUGGAUGAUGAUGAAGAAGAAGAAGAAGAGGAAGAGAGAAGGAGGGCUUCACUGGCUGGAACCUCAGGAGGACUAAGGACAACUGGCAGUUUCCUAUCUCGUCUCUCUGUCUCCUCCUCCUCUUCUGGUUCUUCUAGCUCCUCCUCUUCAGGCUCUAUCUCCAGUUCCAGCCUGUGUUCCUCAGACAAUGAUUCAUCCUACAGCUCAGAGGAUGAGGACAGUUCUACACUUAUGCUACAGAGUUGUCUGUCUUCUCACCGGGGGCUAUUGCAACCAUCUGAACCCACCUCUUCUUCAAGGCCGCAUCAGCACUCCUUUGUGGCCAAAGCUGUCGCUGUUUCCAAUACCAAAGGUGGCCCUACUGACCAGAUCUCCAACAGCAAGUCUUUGAAGAGGAAAGAAUGCACCAGCUCCACCCCUAGACCUAAGGAAUUCAUGAAGAAACCUAGGAUUCUUACAGAUGACACCUCGUUUAUUCCACGGCCCAAGAUGUCUGCAUUCCUAGCAGGACGACAAAUGUGGAGAUGGUCAGGAAAUCCUACACAGAGGCGAGGUCUAAAGGGCAAGGCCAGGAAACUUUUCUAUAAGGCCAUUGUACGAGGCAGAGACACAGUGAGAGUGGGAGAUUGUGCUGUGUUCCUCUCAGCUGGACGUCCAAAUCUUCCAUACAUUGGGCGAAUUGAGAACUUCUGGGAAUCCUGGACCUCCAGCAUGGUGGUAAAGGUCAAGUGGUUCUACCACCCUGAAGAGACAAAGCUAGGCAAAAGGCAUCGAGAUGGCAAGUAUGCCCUCUACCAGUCAUGUCAUGAGGAUGAGAACGACGUCCAGACAAUCUCUCAUAAGUGCCAGGUUGUGAGCAGGGAGGAGUAUGAGUGUCUGACUCGCAUUCAGAAGCCAAACAGUACCUCCUCAGACCUCUACUACCUGGCUGGGACGUAUGACCCCACGACUGGUCAGUUGGUCACUGCUGAAGGGGUUUCCAUCCUGUGUUGAGCCUCCACGAGGACACUACUGAAGGACUCCUCUGACUUUACCUACAAGACAGUUCAGCCAUGGAAGACGAGAAUUGUUCCUUGGGUAUGCAUCAAGGAUCCAUGGACAAAAUGUCAGCACCAAUGCAGGGCUGUCUAAGGUUAAACACUGGAGUCUAUUGGCAUCUAACCUUAUUAGAAGUGAAGGGGAUGUCCAUAACUAGUUGAUCCUUUCAAAAGGAAUAGUAGAAAGUCUGGGUCUUCCUAGGCAUUGCAAAAUUCAAUAACUGGCGUUUCAGUCGUCGACCUAAUCUCUUUUUAAUAGAUCCCAUGUGAUUGACAGCUUCAUAGCUGGUUUUAGGACUCAUGCUUCCAGCUUCUAUCAUAUGUCACCAAAGGAGAGCUGAGAUUGCAUUGGACCGAGCAAAAUAACAUGAGGCUGUAGAGUCUCAGUGGACCAAUUCUUUAAAGGUAGCCUUACCUGAGGGAAUGGACAUGAGAGUGAGGCUCUACCUAGACCUCGUCAUUCCAGGGAAGUUGAAAACAUGUAAAGGAUGUAAAGUUAAUGUAUGUAAAUAUUUUUGAAAUUUUCCCAAUCAAGCCAUACACUUAAGUACCUCUCGCCUGUCUUAACUGUUCAGGUGUACAUUGUACAGUUCAGUUAUUGUAUUGUUGUUUGUUGUCUAUAUGUACAUAAAAGCUAUUUUAUAUAGGAGUUUAUUGUAUAUAUAUGAGAUGUAUCUUUCCAUGUUUGCGAUUGAUUUAUUUUUAUAUGGGUGUGGAAUACAUUACCUUGUUUUUCCUUUGCUUUGGGAAGUCAAGAUUGGAGUUGUUAGUGUUGCACUGCAUAUGCCCUGCUGAGACAGACCGACAGAACGAGCACAGACAAAGAAAGAAGGAUUUAGUCUACAACAGGAUAGGACUCACUUUCUGAGAGAGAGGGGUCAUCCUGUUUAAAAAUAGGUCAAGUGGCUUUUGGUAUAAAUGUUCUGUAACCUUGCAUUUUUGUUAUCCUAUUAAAAAACAAAUGAGAGAAAAAAAACAAGAGAAAAACAUUAUUUAUGUACCUCUCAGUUGGUCGUCAUCGUCACAAAGCAGAUCCCACUGGACUGCAAUCACGGGUCAAAAAUGAUUUAAGAGUAAUGAUAUGAGUGUACCGUAACGACACAAUAUCUGUGUGUGAUGAGUGUCCCGGCAUCACUAUGAUUAUGUCCACUCAAAUAAAUUUAGAACAAGACUGGGUCUUCAAAUGAACGUGUUAAAUGUGCAUUGCACUCAUGAAUGCAUAGUUUAGCACAUUAUUACUUACAAAAUACCAAAGUGUCUUUAAAACCUUUAUUUCUUUUAUUUAAAUUUAACAUGUCAAGCACCUGUACUGAACUCAAAUCAGAAAAUCACUGGUAAUUUAGAAUACUUGUCCUUGCAUAUACUUGCAUAUAUAUUGGCUUUGCAUUGUGACAAUGGUUUCUUGCACAUGUACCUGCAGUUUUGUUUAGUACAGACAUAUGCAGCAAAAGGCCACCUGGGAGUGUGAUUAUGAAGGUCAAGGUACUGACAAAGUAAGAUGUUGAGUGCUGACACUGUUGGAAUUAGUCUAUCUUAGUUUCAUCAGCCAUCUUUGUCUAUUUUGUACAGUACACGCACAUACUCAAUGCUAACUGUGAAGGACAAUCAGAUUCACAAAGCAAUGGAUAUAGAGUAGGUUCACUCAAUCUGGAAAUUACUUAAAUUUAUUUAAUUUGUGCCAAGUACAUUUUUUUUCUGUUUUUGUUUUGUUUAUGCAAUCUUGAGUAUUCUUUGUACACAAAGUUUUAUUUUGUUCGCCAACAUUUUAUUUAUUGUCAUUGUUGCUGUUUGUUCAUGCCAAGAGCGCUUUAUGAGAAUGUGACAUUGUUUUUCUUGGUGUGAUGUCGCAUUUGCAUUUCUUAAAUAAAACUGGUCUUGUAGAGGCCAUGUAGUGAAAAGAAAUAAAGCAACACUGGAUUCUUCUCA